AUGAUCGCUUCCUUCUCGUGUCCGACGCGGAGGCUGUUGGUUUUUCGGGUGGGCGCCGGCGCCCCGGUGUACCUGGCGGCCGUGCUGGAGUACCUGACGGCCGAGAUCCUGGAGCUGGCGGGCAACGCGGCCCGCGACAACAAGAAGACGCGCAUCAUCCCCCGCCACCUGCAGCUGGCCAUCCGCAACGACGAGGAGCUCAACAAGCUGCUGGGCAAGGUGACGAUCGCGCAGGGCGGGGUGCUGCCCAACAUCCAGGCCGUGCUGCUGCCCAAGAAGACUGAGAGUCAUAAGGCUAAAAGCAAAUGA